GACGGUCACCCUAGGGAGGAGUGGAGGACUGAAUGGCCGGUCAAACUGAUGGAAGCUAAUUCCGAGUCGUCUUCCUCUUCCUCUUCCUUUUUCAUAGUUUCAUGCUAUUACCGUCUUACGCCCGUGGAUCACAUUCCUUCUUUUCUUCCUUUGACUCUCUUUUCCGUGAGAUCCCUCUUCAAUAUCUUUGACAAGUAAAGACAUGGGCCAGAUAAGAUCAAUUUAGUCCAUUACCACUAGAUUUGGAAAUUCCACAGCUAGGAAUAUUGCAGACGAUUCAGAUUUCAAUGAUUUUGAGAAAAAUAAUAUUCAUCUUGUUUGCGAAUGUAUUUGCACGACUCCCUUCUCAUUUCUGUGGAAUGUGAACCCUUUUGAUUUUCUAAAUGCAGAUAGAAGUGAAUCUAUUCCAUGCCGUGAAAAGAUCUUCCCUGACACCACAAGGAUAUUGUUAGAAGCUGCGCUUCCAGAGACUGAACCUGAACUCUUAUUUGCGUUGGUUUGGGCCAAUCAACAACUUGAGUAGGAACUUGUCGAACCCAUCUGCCAGAUUUUUACAAUUUCAUCUGCGGUUGUGAUUAUGGUUCUACUUGAGUUGGCGUGUAUUUUGAUGAUGUGAAAAAUGAUUUUUAUUCAGUUUCGUAAGGUUGUCUUUUUCAUUGCUGAGUGAAAGGCAGAGAUAUGCAAACUUAUUGCGGUUCUGUUCACGGAAAAUGUUGAUUGAUCAGGGAGUGCAAGUCCAUGGAGCCGUAGUGAGGAUGGGAUUUGGUUGUGAUUUAAUGCUAAGCAAUGAUCUUGUCGAUAUGUAUGGAAAAUGUGGGAAGAUGGACCUGGCAUGUGCAGUGUUUGAUAAAAUGCCUGACAGAAAUGUGGUUUCUUGGACAGCUCUUAUGUGUGGGUUUUUACAGAAGGGUAAUCCUGAAGUGUCAUUAUAUUUCUUCUGUCAAAUGGGUUCUUCUGGUAUUAGACCGAAUGAUUUCACUCUAUCUACUAACCUUAAAGCUUGUGGGGUAAUGCGAUUUGGUGACAUUGGAAUGCAGAUUCAUGGCAUCUGUGUGAAAACUGGAUUUGAAAGGACUCCUGUGGUAGGAAAUGCUAUCAUGGACAUGUACUCAAAAUGUGGAAGAAUUUCUGAAGCUGUCCAAAUGUUUGAUGUUAUACCACUUAGAAAUCUUAUAUGUUGGAAUACUAUGAUAGCAGGAUAUACAGCAACAGGGUAUGGAGAGAAAGCGAUACUGUUGUUUAGGGAAAUGCAAGAACAUGGGGAGGUGCCUGAUGAGUUCACGUUUACAAGCACACUGAAGGCUUGCAGUGGUCUUGGAGCAAUUCGGGAAGGAAACCAAAUUCAUGCACACUUGAUCACUACUGGAUUUCCAUGUUCUGUUAAGACAACUAUUACUGGUGCUCUUAUUGAUGUUCUUGUGAAAUGUGGAAACUUGACUGAAGCUAGGAAGCUGUUUGAUCGGAUUGAACAAAAGAAUGUGAUAUCCUGGAGCUCCCUGAUACUAGGUUAUGCUCAGGAAGAAAACCUGGGAGAGGCCAUGAACUUGUUUAGGCAGCUUAGGGAUAGCAGUAUUCAAAUUGAUGGGUUUGUCCUGUCAAGCAUGGCAGGUGUGUUUGCUGAUUUUGCUCUAGUGGUGCAAGGCAGGCAAAUGCACGCAUAUGCUAUUAAAAUCCCAUCUGGGUUAGAUAUAUCAGUAACCAAUUCGAUUGUGGAUAUGUAUCUCAAGUGUGGGGAGAUAGAUGAGGCCAAGAAACUUUUCUGUGAAAUGCCAUUUAGAAAUGUGGUUUCUUGGACUGUUAUGAUUACGGGUUAUGGAAAGCAUGGACUUGGCAAGGAAGCAGUUAAUCUCUUUAAAGAAAUGCAAUUAGAUAAUAUCAAGCCUGAUGAUGUGACCUAUCUGGCUAUACUUUCGGCCUGUAGCCAUUCUGGACUUGUUGAUGAAAGUCAAGAAUACUUCUUAAGCUUAAUUCACGACCGGCAGAUUAAGCCUCGAGUGGAGCAUUAUGCUUGCAUGGUCGAUCUGCUUGGCCGAGCCGGACGGUUAAACGAAGCUAAGAAACUUAUUGAUAGCAUGCCUCUGAAGCCAAAUAUAGGGAUAUGGCAGACAUUGCUCAGUGCUUGUAGAUUGCAUGGAGACCUGGAAAUGGGAAGAGAAGUGGGUGAAAUUCUUUUGAGAUUAGAUGGUUGUAACCCAGUCAAUUAUGUAAUGAUGUCGAAUAUGUAUGCUGAGGCUGGAUACUGGAAGGACUGUGAGAGAGUAAGAGAAUUAGUGAAGACAAAGGGAUUGAAGAAAGAAGCGGGACGCAGUUGGGUAGAGAUUGACAAGAAGGUUCAUUUCUUUUAUGGUGGAGAUGAUACUCACCCACUCACGGUGAAGAUUCAUGAAGUUUUAAAGGAAAUGGAAAGGAGGAUGAAAGAAGAAAUAGGUUAUAUUCGCAGAUUGAAAUACGCGCUGCAUGAUGUAGAAGAAGAAUCAAAGGAAGAAAGCUUGAGAGUUCACAGUGAGAAGUUGGCAAUAGGGCUGGCAUUGGUUUGUGGUGGCUUCGACGGAAGGGGAGGGGUGAUACGGAUUUUCAAAAACUUGAGAGUUUGUGGUGAUUGUCAUGAUUUCAUCAAGGGUUUAUCAGAGAUUCUGAAGUUGGUGUUUGUGGUGAGGGAUGCCAAUCGGUUUCACAGGUUUGAAGAUGGGCUCUGUUCUUGUGGAGAUUAUUGGUGAUGCAAUUGAUAUCAUUCUUUGAAAUUUUCUUCUCCAUUGAAGACCUGCUAUGAGCCAUUCUGGGAAGUUGAGUUUCUCAUGUCUCCAAUCUUCACAAGAACAUGAAGAGAGAGGCCUUCCGGAGGAACGAGAGAAAGAGAAGUACAUCUCUUUGUGAUAUGUUGUCAUCAUUGGAUUUACACCAAACUGCAUUCUUUCUUUAAAUCUCUUCAUUUGAAAGGCCAAAUCCCUGCUUUUAAUAGAGAGAUGAUAUUAUGCAUCUUAUUGAAA